AUGACGCCCGGCGCGCACUGCCGCCGCACACCCGGACGCAUGAACGCCUGGUGCAUCGGCGCGCGCCGGCGACCGACGCACGGCGGCGGCGGCGACGCCGACGGCGGCGGUGAUGGCACCGCGACCGCGUCGGGCGAGCGCGAGAGCGGCGCGGGGACGACGGGCGCGGGACAGCGGGUGAAUCACCUACACCAAGGACAUCCGCCGUCUGAACGCGACCACAAGCGCGAAUUAGAGCUCAAGCGCGGCACGCGACGAGCGAGGGUGUGCAUCGGAGCGUUGUUCGUCGGUUCGCUCGCGCUCGCGAGCGGAAGGCCGUUUUAUGCGCCUUAUAUAGAUGUGUUCGGGGACGCGAACGCGAACGCGACGGCGACCUCGGGCGGCGCCGUCCUCGCGGCGCCGCCGCCGCCGCCGUCCGCGGCGUCGGGGAGACGGAAGAAACGAACAGGCGCGCGAAAGUUUGGAUUCCUGUUCGGGUAG